AUGCAUCAAAGAAGAACUAUAAAAAGUCAAAUAUUGAAAGAAACAGUUUGAAAAAUAAUUUAGAGUCAAAUAAAAAGGAGAAACAUAAGAAGAGAAAGAGGAGGCAUGAAAUUGAUGGGGAAGCUACAAGGAAUUCAGAAGAAGAUGGCUUCACCAGUAUAAAAAAGAAGAGAAAGAGAUUGCAAGAAAUCAGUGCUUCAAUGGCAAGCAAAAGACACAAACUUAUUGAGGAUAAUGAUCUUGAGAGUGCUGUCUCAAGUACAGAUUUAAGAGUGCCUAAAAAGAGUCGUGUCAGAUUUGUUGAAGAGGAAAAUUAUGUUGAUGAAGUGCUGCCUUUUAUGGAGCAACUAUUGAAUGAUGAGAAUUUGUCUCAAACUCCCAAUAUUUCUGAUAGUAUAAAUUCUGAGCAAGAUGAAGAAUUAGAGGCAAAGAGGGUUAGAGGACCUACAUUGUUGAAAAAAAUUUGGAACAUGCCUCGUCGAAAGACAAUUGAUGUGCAGUUUAAUAACCGCAAUCAAGCUAUAAGAAAAGAAGGCAGAAAGCUUGCUAGUUUUCUUGGUAUUCUAGCUAGAACUCCUUCAAUAAUGCCUUUAAACAUAGAUGACUGGAGAUGUUAUGAUAAAGAGGAGAAAAACAAGUUGCUGAAAAUUGUGAGGGUAAGAAUUUAUUAUUCUUAAUGGAUUCUAAUUUAA